AUUAUUAUCUCGCUAAUUACUUUCUUCCCGACAAACCGAAAGAAACUGCAUCUAUCAAUGGAUACGCAUGCAGCUAUUGACUCCACCAGUGGCUAUUGCUCUGAAACCAAAACAUUCUACAGCCUCCGACCGACGGUCUCCUUGCCCACCUCCGAUCAGCCUCUUUCCGUCGCCCAAUUCGCCUUCUCCCUGCUUCGUUUGCCUGAAACCGCCGCUUCAGAGACCUUCCUGAUUGACGCCUCCACCGGCCGGAAGCUUUCUUAUUCCGAUUUCCUCCGCCAGACCCGAUCGCUCGCCAGCUCAAUCCAAUCUCGGUUUCCCUCUCUCGCUCGGAAUUCGGUCGCUCUUGUGGUUUCGCCGACUUCCGUUCACGUGCCGGUUGUAUUCUUCGCUCUGCUUUCUCUCGGCGUCGUCGUUUCGCCUGCCAACCCGCUCUCCACGUCCAGCGAGUUGGCUCACAUUGUCGGACUCAGUAAACCCUCUCUGGCUUUCACUACUUCCGCCGCUUCUAACAAACUCCCCCAAUUACCGCUUGGAACCGUUCUCAUUGAUUCGCCCGAAUUUACCGAUAUGAUCGAGGCCCGAUCUUCUAGCAGCGACGAAUCCUCCAAUCGCCGAGUCAGGCAGUCCGACACGGCAGCAAUUCUAUACUCGUCCGGCACGACCGGCCGAGUCAAGGGCGUCGAGGUGACUCACCGUAAUUUUAUCUCUCUAAUCUCCGUCCUGCACCAGACCAGAUUUUCGGAUGGAAAUUCCUCGACGGAGAAAUCAGACGUAUCGCUCCUCCUACUGCCUCUGUUUCACGUGUUUGGAUUUUUUAUGGUUUUGAGAACGGUUUCGUUGGGGGAGACGGCUGUGAUAAUGGACCGGUUUGACUUCGAAAAUAUGCUGGUGGCAAUUCACAAUUACAGAGUGACCUACCUCCCCGCAUCUCCUCCCCUGGUUGUGGCCCUGGCGAAGUCCGAUUUAGUGACGAAGUACGACCUCAGCUCCCUCGAGAUGGUCGCUUGCGGCGGCGCGCCUCUCGGAAGGGAGGCCGCGGAGAGUUUCAUGGCGAGGUAUCCCCGGGUGGUUGUGCUUCAGGGAUUUGGUAUGACUGAGACUUCAGGAUCAGUUACUGGGAUGAUAAGCCCUGAGGAGUCCCUCAAGUACGCUUCUGCGGGCCGCCUUUUUCCAACCGUUGAAGCUAAGAUAGUUGAUCCUGAAAGCGGAGCGGCAUUGCCUCCCGGGCAGCACGGUGAGCUGUUGCUGCGUGGGCCCUUAAUCAUGAAAGGUUAUGUGGGAGAUAGUUCUGCCACUUUGGCCACAUUAGAUUCACAAGGGUGGUUAAGAACAGGGGAUCUAUGUUACUUUGACUCGGAUGGGUUUCUAUAUAUUGUAGGCCGCUUGAAGGAAUUGAUCAAAUACAAAGCCUAUCAGGUUCCUCCUGCAGAGUUAGAACAUUUGCUUCAGUCAAUCCCUGAUGUUUCUGAUGCUGCUGUUAUUCCAUAUCCUGAUGAAGAAGCAGGGGAGAUUCCAAUGGCAUAUAUCGUCAGAGUACCUGGAAGCAAAAUCACAGAAACUCAAAUUAUGGAUAUUAUUGCAAAACAAGUUGCUCCUUACAAGAAGAUCAGACGUGUCUCGUUUAUCAGUUCUAUUCCUAAAUCUCAGGCCGGGAAGAUCUUGAGAAGAGAAUUGAUUGCACAUGCUGUUUCUGCUGCUUCAUCCAAACUAUGAUCCAUACAGCUCACAUACUCUGACUUUGGAUCCCUCUUUUUACUUUCUUUUUCAUGUCGAUGAUUGGAUUAUGUGUUUGUUUUCAAUGAUGGGGGGCGGAUUUUCCUGGAGAUUGUGGGAGUAUUUCACAAUCCAUCAUCUAAUUAUUUGGAUUGUGGAUUGGUUCAUGUUUUAGUUUGUAUUCGGUGUUCUUGUCAGAAAGUAAAGUUUGAAAGAGUAUUGAGAGCUUUGAGAUGCAAUAAAAUCAUGCUCCUUAGUUCACAGCUUAAAUCUUAAAAGUGAUCAAUGCCUUAAAUGUAAACUCUUAUCCACGUUUGACUUUUACAAUAAGG